CAUGAUUCUAAUUGCGGGAACCUAAAUCUAGAUGAGACUUGCGUUUCUGCACUCAUCUCUCCUUCGAUCAAGACGUCCAUCUCAUCAUAUUACUCUCCGUUUGUCUCUAAGAAUGUCUUCCUCUUAUGAUGGCCCAUGGACUGCACGCAAAGUGCGCGAAGAAUUCUUCAACUACUUCCGCUCCAAAAACCACACUUUUGUUCCAUCUUCUUCAACCGUACCCUACGAUGAUCCUACUCUCCUGUUCGCAAAUGCUGGCAUGAACCAGUAUAAAUCCAUAUUCCUGGGUACUGUCGAUCCCAAUUCCGAGCGAGGCAAGCUGAAGCGUGCUUUCAACAGCCAAAAGUGCAUCCGCGCAGGUGGCAAGCAUAAUGACCUGGAGGACGUUGGCAAAGACUCCUACCACCACACAUUCUUCGAGAUGCUUGGAAACUGGUCAUUUGGUGACUACUUCAAGAAAGAAGCCAUCGAAUUUUCAUGGGACCUAUUAACCAACGUAUACGGGCUGCCCAAAGACCGAUUAUAUGUUACUUACUAUGCUGGAGACCCACAAAAUGGAAUACCCACCGACGAGGAAGCAAAACAACACUGGCUAAGCCAGGGUAUCUCACCAGAUCACGUUAUCGCGUCAAAAGGAAAUUUCUGGGAAAUGGGCGCAACCGGACCCUGUGGGCCUUGUAGUGAAAUACACUUCGACCGCAUUGGUGGACGUAAUGCUGCACACCUCGUGGAUGGUGACGACCCAAACGUCCUUGAGAUAUGGAACAACGUCUUCAUACAGUUCAACCGUGACGAUGACGGCUCACUAAAGCCACUCCCAAGCAAGCAUGUUGAUACCGGCAUGGGUUUCGAACGACUUGUCUCAGUCCUCCAAAACAAGCUUUCGAACUAUGACACUGAUGUGUUCUCCCCGAUCUUCACCCGCAUACAGGAAUUAACUGGAGCAAGACCGUAUAGCGGGAAAUUUGGCAACGAUGAUGUGGAUGGUAUUGAUACUGCAUACCGUGUCGUUGCUGAUCACGUACGGACGCUUUCGUUUGCGCUGAGUGAUGGUGGUGUGCCCAACAACGUUGGCCGUGGUUAUGUCCUUCGUCGGAUCCUUCGUCGUGGUUCACGCUAUGUCAGGAAGAAGCUUGGUGCACCCAUCGGUUCAUUUUUCUCUUCUUUGAUGCCUGUGGUCGUGGAGACUAUGGGUGAUGUCUUCCCCGAACUUACGAAGAAGCAAGGCGACAUCAAAGAGAUCCUUGACGAGGAGGAAGAGUCCUUCUCACGUACCCUUGAUCGGGGCGAGAAGCUCUUUGACCAAUACGCGACACGUACGAAAGAUCUGGGUGCUAAGGAGCUUAACGGCGCAGACAUAUGGCGACUGUAUGACACGUACGGGUUCCCCGUCGACCUUACACGGCUCAUGGCGGAGGAGCUUGGCCUCGGAAUCAAUGAGAAGGAGUUUGAGGAUGCCCAAGAACAUUCAAAGCUCGCGAGCAAGGGGUCAUUCAAAAAGGAUAAGGCGGAUCUUGUGAAACUUGAUGUCCAUGAUCUCGCUGCAUUGGAGAAGAACGACGCGAUACCCAAAACAGAUGACUCGUCCAAAUUCCAACUUGGCAAUAUCACUGCUACAGUGAAGGGCAUUUACUACCACAAGGAAUUCAUCUCGUCAUCAUCUGGUAUACCAGCGGAUGCAAACUUUGGCGUGCUCCUCGACCGCACAAGCUUCUACGCAGAGGCUGGUGGCCAGGAGUAUGACACUGGCAACAUCGUCAUCGACGGCGCGACCGAUUUUGAGGUGACAAACGUCCAGGCAUACAACGGCUACGUUCUCCACACCGGUUCUCUCAAAUACGGCCAACUUUCUGUCGGUGAUGAAGUCAUUUCCUCCUACGAUGAGCUCCGCCGCUGGCCGCUGCGCAGCAACCACACCGCAACGCACAUACUCAAUUUCUGUCUCCGUGAGGUGCUCGGCGACCACAUUGACCAGAGGGGCUCGCUCGUGGCACCGACAAAGCUCCGUUUCGACUUUUCGCAUAAAGCACAGAUCUCCCUCCCAGAGCUCAUGAAGAUCGAGUCGAUGAGCAUUGACUGGAUAAAGAAGAAUGUAAGGGUAUAUGGCAAGGACCUGGAUCUCACGACUGCGCAUAAGAUAUCCGGCCUGCGGGCGGUCUUCGGCGAGGCAUACCCGGAUCCUGUGCGUGUUGUUGUGCUCGGGUACGAUGUAGACGAGGUCGCGGAAGACAUCAACAACCCAAAGUGGCGGAGCACGAGUGUUGAAUUUUGUGGUGGCACUCAUGUUGUGAAAACGGGCGAUAUCAAAGACUUCGUUAUCACGGAGGAGUCUGGGAUUGCGAAGGGAAUCCGGAGGAUAGUUGCUGUGACUGGCCAAGAGGCGCAUGAGGCGUCCCGUGUUGCCAAUUCUCUUAAGGUCCGUCUUGAGCAGCUCGAGUUGACAGAAGGCAAGGAAAAGGAUACCGGGCUCAAGGCUCUCAGUGUGGAACUUGGACAGGCAGAUAUAUCAGUUCUUCUGAAAGCAGAGCUUAAAGACCGUCUGGCGACUGUUCGCAAGGCGCUUGAUAAGCAAAUCAAAGAAAAGGAGAAUGCGAUAAACAAGGCGGCUUUGAACGCUCUGGUCACCUUCUUCGAGGAGAAGCCUGACUCAGAGGUCUACUUUGCCAUUCUUGAGGUUGAUGGUAAUGCAAAGAUCUUGCAAAACGUCGUUAUGCAAGGCAAGAAGCUUGGCAAGACGGUCUACGUUUUCAGUGUCGACGCAGAGGGCGGUAAGGUCGCACAUGCAAACUACGUUUCCGAAUCCGCACGGUCAAGAGGCCUCGAUGCUCGGACAUGGGCAUCCAAAGUGAGCGAUAUCCUCGGCGGAAAGGCUGGAGGGAAGGAGGAUGGUGCUCAAGGUGUUGGGGUUAACGUCGCCGAGGUUGAAGAGGCUCUGAAGGUCGCGCGAGAGACGUUUUCAAGCAAGUAUAACUAAGGAUUUCUCUAUGCAGUGAACACCCAGCUAUAGGAAAAUGCACUGUACAAUGUACUGGGAAUAUUGAGGCUCUGCUCUACAUUAUGUUUUUACAGCACAGCCCCGAACACAGCUGUUUAGGGGUACACAGCCACCACGAAACGGAAGUUUCCCCUUUAUGUAUCCGUCUACCGCUCUUCC